AUGCCUCUCCCAGGAGUCCCCAGAGCCAUGACUGCAACUGUGCAGACGCUGCGGUUCAAGCUGCUGCCGCACGAGCCAGGCCAGGAGUGGGGGCACAGCUGCCAGCAGGAAAUUGAGCGUCGCUACCAGGUGGUGCCCUCAGUGGUGUGCGCCAUGUGCUGCCUUUUUGGCAUCAUCUACUGCUUCUUUGGCUACCGCUGCUUCAAGGCUGUCAUGUUCCUGACGGGGCUGAUGUUCGGCUCUAUCAUCAUCUUCAUGCUGUGCUACAAGGAGCGGGUGCUGGACACACAGCUGAGCGUGGAGGCCUCAGUGGGCAUUGGGUUGGGCAUUGGAGUCCUGUGUGGGCUGGUCACCAUGCUGGUGCGCAGCGUUGGCCUCUUCAUGGUGGGGCUGCUCCUGGGGCUGCUGCUGGCGGUGGCCACGCUGGUGGUGAUGGAGCAAUUCUACCACCCACCAACGGUGUGGAUCCCCAUCGCACUGCUCUUGGGUGUGGGCAUGCUCUUUGCUGUCCUCACACUGCAGUGGCAGCGCUUCUUCACCACCCUCUCCACCGCCGUCUUCGGCAGCGCCAUCAUGACCGUCACUGUCGACUACUUCAUCGAGCUCUUCCUCCUGGUGCAGUACAUCUAUGAGCGCAUCAAGGUGGCCCCUGCUCGCCCCGUGUGCUGGUACAGCUGGGUCAUCCUGGGCAUCUGGCCGCUCCUCACCACACUGGGUGUCUUGGUCCAGUGGAAGGUCACAGCCGAGGGCUACUCCCAUACAGAAGUGAUCAUCAGCCGGCAGCAGCGCCGCGUGCAGCUGAUGCGCAUCAAGCAGCGGGAAGACCGAAAGGAGAAGAAGAAGAAGCGGAGACCCCACCACCCCCCACCCCACCAGCACAAAGCCCACCCCCCCGAGCCUGCUUACCGCCGCAAGCCCAACCCUGUGCGCCGCUUUGAUGGGGACGUGCUCUCCCCCAGCUACAUCCAGAGUUUCCGAGAGCGGCAGACAGGACCGUCACUGAACAGCCUCAUUGCCAGCUCCCAUGCCGUGGUGGACCUGGACUAUGACUGCAGCUCCACCGUGCCCCUCACCUCGGGCUCUGGCCCUGCUGUGAGGGUAUAAGCCAACCCAGUGACCUCGAGCAACACCAGCACCCCAGCCUGCUCUGACAGAACCCUUGAGACAGGCAGGGCUUUGUCCUCGGCCCCAAGUGGCCACAUGCAGCUUGGGGCUGCAGAUGGAAACCCUUCUUGGAGACACAUGGGACUUGUCUGGGGAAGCCCCAGCUGCCAGUGGGGCCCAAAGGUGCUGGGGAAGCCCUUUGGCAGGGACUCAGCCCAAGGACCAGAACCCAUGGACGUGCAGUGCGAGUGGCUCUGCUGGGGUGGUGGGUCCCCAAGCCCCCACUGCUGUGCAUUACCCUAUGGCCCGGGCACGCUCAUCCUGCAUCUUAACGUUUCCCCAUAUUUGAGUCCCUCCCCUUCCCAGGAGCAGCUCCCCACCCCAUUGCACCCCAGCAACUCCCCAAGUGCCUGUCCCCUAUGUCCCUUCCUCAAAGAGCCGGUCCCAUGGCCCUUUUCCCAGCAGGGAAUCCCCUGAGCAUGUGAGCCCUGUCCCACCCUGUCCCCAAGAGCAGCUCCCAGGCAGUGCUUCCCAAAACCUGCCUCCUCAGAAGAUCCUCCUGCCCUAGCCACCCUCCCUACACCCCAGAGCGGCUUGCCACUCCUUUUUCCCAAGCUGGACCGGGGUGGUCCUGGGGCAGAGACUGCCACGGCCAGGUGGUUCCCAAGGUGAUGCUGGCAAUUGGUGCCUGUCCAGCAGGAGCUGCGCUGGCAGGGUGCAUCCCCCACAAAAUGUUUUGAUGGGAGACAGGACAUUGGCUCCAGCCUUUGGGCAAAGGCUGGGCUGCCUCAGGGAUGCGGGGACCCCUGCAGCAUCAGAGACUGUCGCUGUUUUGUUGGCGACUGGAUUUUUAUAGUGGCCGGGGGACCCUGGGGCAGGGCAGGGCAGGAGCCCCUGCCCAGAGCACUGCUGCGGGCAGAGGCUCACGCCUUGUACAUAUUUCUCUUGCUGUGAUUUGUAUUAACUUAUUACGGAGUGAGCCAGGAUUUCCCCAUGGCCAGGCAGGCAGGAUGGUGGUGAGACUGGACCGGGGAGCCCUCUGCUUUGGGAGCCCCCCCAGCCCAGCCCAGCUGGCCCCGCUGCCCCAGGAACUGCAUGUUUCUGCCAGGCACCCCCUUCCCGCAGCAUUGUGCUGCCAUCCCCCUUUUCAGUCUCUUUUGUAAAUGUGCCAAACGCUGUCGAGGCCUCGGCCACACAGUAAAGAGCCUUUCGGA